AUGAUUUUGGAAUUGAUGGUAAGUGAAAUUGGAUUCCAUUUGUCAGGAGAAAAAUGUUUCAUUUGGUAUGGACCGCAUCCAACGUUGAUCAUAACAGAUCCAAAAAUGAUCAAAGGUAUCACAUUCAAGCAUACUAUUUUCCGAAGGCCACCGUUGAGUCCAUUGGAUAGAUUUCUUAUAGUUGGGCUAUUCUCUAAAGAUGGUGAUGAAUGGGCUAAACGUAGAAAGAUAAUCAACCCAACUUUUAACCACGAGAAACUAAAGAACAUGGUACCCUCCAUGUUUAUUAGCUGCCGGGAAUUGGUAAAGAAAUGGGAUAAGUUGAUCCAAGGAAAAAAAUCUAUCGAAAUAGAUGUUUGGCCUGAUUUUGCAAACUUGACGGCCGACGUAAUUUCCAGAACGGCAUUUGGAAGUAGCUUUGAAGAAGGCAGGCAAAUUUUCGAACUCCAAAAAGAGCUAUUCUCUUUAAUAUACCAGUCCAAGCAAACUAUCUACAUCAACGGAUCAAGGUUUUUUCCAACUAAAAGGAACAGAAGAUUGAAACAAGUAUUUUGUGAGGCAGACGCAAUCAUGAGGGAUCUCAUCAAAAAAAGAGAGGAAAGAAUGCUGAAAGACGAGGUAAACAGCGAAGACUUAUUAGGUUUACUUUUGGAAUCCAAUCAAAAUGAGAUGAAGAAAAAUGGUAAUAAUAAAAGUUUUGGACUUACCACUGAUGAUGUGAUCGAAGAAUUCAAAUUGCUCUACCUUGCUGGACAAGAAACAACCUCCAAUUUGCUUGUUUGGACAAUGGUAAUGCUGGGAAUUCAUCGAGACUGGCAAGAAAAAGCUCGAGAAGAGGUUUUCCAAGUAUUUGGUAGCAACAAUGAACUCCAUGAACUCGAAGCCGAAGGAUUGAAUCGCCUCAAAAUUUUGACUAUGAUUUUGAAUGAAGUGUUGAGAAUUUUCCCACCAGCCAUAAACAUUCGGCGGUCAACUCAAGAAACGACGAAAAUAGGUGACAUAAUUGUGCCUUCUGGGGCGGGCGUUUUGAUUAAUUUACCACUUGUUCAUCAUCAUCCAGAAUUAUGGGUUGACGAUGUGAAGGAAUUCAAUCCAGAGAGGUUUUCUCAAGGAAUUGGAAACGCUACGAAGAAACCCAACUCGUAUUUCCCGUUUAGUAUGGGACCGCGGAUUUGCAUCGGCCAGAAUUUCGCGUUGAACGAAGUGAAAAUCGCCUUCGUUUUGAUCCUUCGGAAUUUCUCUUUUGAGGUCUCUCCAUCUUAUGAGCAUGCACCUUUUCCUAGGUUCACUAUUCAACCUCGCUUUGGAGCUAAGAUGAUUUUACGCAAACUUAUAAAGUAG